CUCACAUCAUUAUGGCACCUGCAACAAACGGAACAACUGCGACAAACGGCGCUGCCCAAGGUCAGCCCGAAACAGCCCCAAUCGGUUCUCGGGUCUUUUCCACAGAAAAGCCGACUUCACUGAAUGACUUCAAAACUUUGACUACGGUAUCCCCUACAUUCCACUAUCCCCUGGCAAGUUGCAUCACCAAAAACGUUCCAGUAUAUGAUCUCGAGGCCUAUUCGUCCUACACCGCAGAUCAGCUGUCCGCUCUGCAAGAUGAAUGGUACCACAUCCUCCUGCAUGGACCGGGUGUUUUUGCUACGAAGCACAUCUACACCGACCUAUCUUUGAUCGACAGAGUCAAUGAGGUGUACUCAUCGAUCAUCAAAAAGGAGACGCAACAGUCUAGUAAGAAAGGCGACCAUUUUGCAACUUCUGGAUCCAAUUCGCGCAUCUGGAACUCGUUCUCCAAACACUGUCUCGCGGAUCCUAGAAGCUUUAUCGAGUAUUAUUCCAAUCCAUGGCUCCCACUCAUCUCCUCCACCUGGUUGGGACCACACCAUCGCCUCACAGCACAAGUCAAUAUCGUGCGUCCCGGUGGCACAGCACAAAUUAGUCAUCGAGACUACCACAUUGGUUUCCAGAGCGCAGAUUCUUGCGAGAAGUUCCCAAAGGCGUUACAGGUUGCCAGUCAAUUCCUGACUCUCCAGGGCGCAGUGGCACACAGUGACAUGCCACUCGAGUCAGGGCCCACGAGACUAUUGCCAUUCAGUCAAAAAUUUGAGGAGGGUUACAUGGCUUAUCGUAUCAAAGAGUUCCAAGAUUACUUCUUAGAGAAGUACGUCAGUGUGUCACUAGAGAAAGGCGACGGACUUUUCUUCAAUCCUGCACUCUUCCACGCCGCCGGUUCAAACACCUCGACUGACGUGCAUCGCUCUGCCAAUUUGUUGCAAAUCUCAAGUGCGUUCGGGAAACCGAUGGAAAUGAUCGAUAGCGUACCGUUGGUGAAAGAGACAUGGGAUACUUUGGCGGAGCAGCACAAGAAAAAUGGAACAAGCGAAGAAGUCAAAGCUUUCGUAGGAAAUGUUGCGGAGGGGUAUCCUUUCCCUACUAAUUUGGAUCGGAGGGUUCCAGAGACAGCCGGCAUGGCUCCAGAGAGUGAGCAAGACUUAUUGAUGAAGGGGCUAAGGGAAGGAUGGAGUAAAGACAGGGUGUUGGCUGAGUUAACAAAGAUGAGGGACGAUUCUAGAGCAUGAGUAGGGCAAACUCAUUUUGAACAAUUCAAUGCGUAGAAAUGUCUGUGUCACAGGG